UACAUGCCUAUGUUAAAUUGUUUUGUUUAGAUUACUUUUAUUGAGUCUUUUGGUUGUGAUCUACAAACAUGAAAUGCUUCUUAGUUGUAAACCAGUUAAAUGAUCCAUUUUAUAUCGACUACGAUAUAGAUUUUGCUGAAUAUAUAAUUCGUCAAGCAAAAAUAAAAGGAAUGUUGCAGCAUGAUACUGACAUUACUGAGUUAGAUGCAAACCUGGUGAUGCAGCUGUUUUCUCCUCUGGUUAAUUCCCAGUGGCUUCUCAUUGACCAGAGGAAAGAGUUAUGCACAUCAAUUUACUGUCCUAAUGGAUUCUGGUUUGCUUUUAGACAGGUGGAAGAUCUUCUCUUUAUCACUAUAAAUGGAGAUGAAAAAGAAUCUGAAGCUUUCUUACACAGGAAAAUGGAUGUAUUUAUAACACUUAUGAGGUUUAUGUUUGGGCCUGUAAGUGAAGAAAUGGGACAGUCACAUGCAUAUAGCAAGAGAGCAAAGUGGGAUUUUCAUCGGCAGAUCAUGAGGAAUUGGGCUGAGCUGGUGGAAACAGAACAAUCAUACCUUGUAGAAGCCAUUGAGAGACUUAAUGUAAACCAAGUUGUCAAUGAAAAAUGUGUUGAAAUACUUGAGAAAUCAGUCAAACAAAUGCAGGCCAUUAAGGAUCACCCAAUUCAGCAUGCUCUUCUAUUGGUCAAUAGCAAACUGUUGGCUCUGUACUCAAAUCGCAACGCCUAUGAGCUUCAGUCAAAAGAUAUUCUGGCAGUUAUGAUUCUUGCUCGGACAAUGUACCCUCAUUCAGAUCGCCUAGAAGAUUUGUUUUCUAGACAGUACAUGGCACCACAGAGGUCCAGAGCCUCCACAAUAGAUGAGAACAGUGAUGGUGGGGAAGAUGAGUACCAUAGUGCUCCUAACACACCUGGAGGUCAAAGGUCGAGGUCUCCAAAUGUAAAACCAGAACACACAAAAUCAGGAUUCAGCAAGUACAGUUCUACCUUAAACAAAACAGAAGAAGCCAGUGACUCAAGGACCCCAAGAACGUCUGUGUCCCAGUUCUCAGCAUCUGACUCGGAAACUUUAAAAAAUGCUGGCUUGUCUGACCAAGAGUCGUCUAGCCGCGUUGGCUCACAAGACAGUGGUCCUACCUUGCUGGAGAUGUAUGCAGAGAAAUACCCUGAUACUGUGUUCAGCAAACCAAAAACCACCACAUCACCUCAACAUGAUGAAGCAGAACUUAACGAAGAUAAAUCUGUCGCAUGUUCAAAGGUCAUCGAAGCUGAGGUACAUAGAGAAGCUGACGCUAAAGACGCUACCCCUGAUUUAUUUUUUAAUGAUGGUUUAGAACUGGUGUUUGAACAGGAGGAUACAAGUAAAUUUGAUAACGCUGAUGGAGCUAGAGUGCCUGCUGAUCUUUUACGUGGGAUAUCCUCUAACACUAAUGACAAUGAAUCAAGAGCAUCAACUGUGUCCACUGAGUCUGGUGGGGAAUUAUUGUUGCCUUCUAGAUCAAGCUCAGUUGUUUCGAAUUUGAGUAAAAGUUACCCCGAACUAACACCUGACAAUGGAAAGGAAUUUAAUUUCACAGGAGGAGUGGAGGUUCAUGAAAUAGAGAAGAGCUUUGAGAGAAGUGUACAAAGAAAUAAAAGAGUCACGCCAAACAUUGGUAUCCCCCAAGCAAUGAACUCUUCAACACCCAGCCUGUCAAGCCACAAUAGGCCAAGCAGUGUUGCCACAUCGGCUUUGGAAACAUCAAGCUUUCUGCAAGAAAGUAUUUUCACCCAGACUAAUCCUAACUCCUACUCACCGCAAACCAUUUUCCUGGAGACUCCCACCUGUCAGUACUCACCAUACAACAUUCACACUGUUCAGAUUUUACCUGGGGUUACACUAGUUCUUUUAUCACAGGUGCAAAGACAUAAUAUUGCUGAUAUCAUUUACCUGAUCAUUUACAACAUACAUGAUCUUAUUUAUGGAAGACGGGUCAAGUUGUCUAGACCACGUAGCUCAUAUGCAUAUGAUACUCUCAACUCCCUACUUUCUAGACUACACAGCAGUUUGAAGAAAUCAAAAGGCAGAGUGAAUGCACUAAGUGGUGACAUCCAUGCCCGUUGGGAAAAAGAAAAUCUGAAGCAAAAACUUAUGGACUACAUGGAAACAGACAUCAAGCUGCAAUCAGAGCUUGAGUCACAAUUGAAAGAAUUAUCCAAGAAGUUAAAAGAACUGUUCUCCCAUCUGUUUUUGUCACCUUUUCCUCAUUCCCCACAAUUCUGGAACACCUUAUCCCAAAUAAAGAUGGGAAUGUUAAAAGAGUUAAGUGACUACAGAGAGUAUCUAAAUGUUAAGGCACAGCGCAACAUUACAAUGACCUGCUACAUCGAUGACUUUCCAGGUCUAAUUCACUUUAUCUACAUUGACCGACACUUUCAUCAAAUGAGCGCUCCCUCCCUAAACAUCUCCUUAAAGGAUGGUGAAAGUAUCGACGCCACCACCUAUUUAAAACAAAAGAUAUGGAGCAGGUAUGAGCACAUGAUGUGUAAACUGACUGAAGGCUACACCACUGUUAUACUCAGGGAAGGAGAUUUCUACUUUUCUUACUUUCUGUGGUUCGAAGAUUACAUGAGAAACCCACUUCCAGUUCAAGAUAGUUUCAAAGCAAAUAUCAAGUUUCCUUACCCAGGGAUAUUGAGUGGAUCAUUUUACAGAGACCUGCUUCAGUUGUGUUUCCCCCAUGCCAUCCAAGGCUCUGUACAUUGUUUUGAAAUGUUCCUGAUGCACAUUGGUACCGUCCACCCCAAGUACAUCGCAGACCACUGCAAAAGGCUUGCUCACAAAAUGUGGGAGAUGUCAGGAGAAGCCUACAACUCUGUCAGCCUGAUAUAGACACUUCAACCCAUACAACUGUCUGCUUGAUAUAGACACUUCAACCCCUAGAUGUCAGAAGCCUACAACUGUGAGCUUGACAUAAUAACUUUAACCCA